UACAGCGCGGUCGUGUACAAUAAUUCUUUCGUAACGUCCGAAUCAAUGUGUCGAUGUUAGGUCUCGUUAAAAACUUUUUGUGUGACUUUUUCUUAACCCAUUAGUGAUCUAAGAAACAAGCUUGUUGUUGUUAGUACGUAAUUAUAAAAGUAAUUCGCUUGAAAAUAAAAAAAAACAAAAAGUAAUUCUAAUACAUAUUACUAAAGUUACGUAAACUUAUUCGCGGGUGAUUUUUGCAUGCUGAACUAUCAAGUGGUUGUUAAAUGAAACUCAAAAGUGUGGGUCCAUUAUAAUAUAAAAAUGUAAAAAUUAUUAAGAAUUAAUAAAAUAUAAUAAACAGAAUAUAUUGCUAAAAAUAUUCUUUAAAAAUCAUAAAAUUUUUCUAAUAUACAAUAAAAAACAAUACAUUUAUUUUUAAACCCCGACGGUGAAAUAUCAUUUUGUGGAUAAUUUUUUUUUCAUUAUUUUGUUUAAAUUGUAGUGAAGAGCAAGCAACAUUCUUAUUGGAUUUCAUUCACAUUAAAGUGUUGAAAUUUCUGCAUUUUUUAUUGCAUUGGCAAAUUUUGGCCCAUACAGAUUAUGGGCAUAUCAGAGGAAGUCAAACUGGAGGAAUUACCACAAGAAGCCAAACUAGCUCAUCAGGAUGCCAUUCCUGACCGUUCGAUUUCGUGUAUUGUGACAACUGGUGCUAGUGGUGGCACCAACAGCCCUAUUUCCGAUGCAAACAGUGAUGGCGAAUUGGACGAUUAUGCGCCGAAAAGAAAGCAACGCCGUUAUCGCACCACAUUUACUAGUUUUCAGUUGGAGGAACUGGAGAAGGCUUUUUCGCGCACCCAUUACCCAGAUGUAUUUACAAGAGAGGAACUGGCCAUGAAAAUUGGAUUAACUGAAGCACGCAUACAGGUAUGGUUUCAAAAUCGUCGUGCCAAAUGGCGUAAACAGGAAAAAGUAGGACCUCAGUCGCAUCCCUAUAACCCGUAUUUACCUAGUGGACCAGGUUCUAUGCAAACGGUUGUCGGUUCAACAUUACCACCAAAUCCAUUUACACAUUUGGGUUUCGCAAAUCUACGCAAACCCUUCGAUGGUUCAGCAAAUAUAGCAGCAUUUCGGUAUCCACACUUAGCGGGAGCACCCAUGCUGCCGACGGGUUAUUUUAAUCAAUUUCAAAGAGCACCACCACAUAUGCUGCCACCAGGAAUGGCUUCCAUGUAUUCACCUUCGACCUCAUUCCAAUCACUAUUGGCCAAUAUGACCGCAGUACCAAGACCACCACCGAUGCAAGUUAAACCACCCAUGCAUAUUGGAUCACCCGAUUUGCACUCGCCCAACCAUUUGAUAGCAUCACCACCCACUUCCCCUUCCUCGGUAACCUCACAAACAGGACCAACAGUACCACCGCAAUCACAACAUUCCCCUGGUCUUGGCUUGUCCCCAAUGUCAGCCCAUCAAUCAAUACCACCUGGCGUGGCAGCACCACCACCACCUAAUGUACCACAAUCUUCGAUGAGCCACCAUUCUCCCCAACAUCAGACAGGCGCUCAAAACACAAAUGCCAUACGUUCCUCAACGCCACCUGAAGAUCGUCGUUCCUCUUCGAUUGCUGCUUUGCGUCUUAAAGCUCGUGAACAUGAACUGAAACUGGAAAUGCUGCGUCAAAAUGGUCACAGUGAUGUUCUCAGCUAAUAAAAAUCAUCAUGCAAAAUUCAGCCUAAAUGUUUUUGCAGGCAAUUGCUGUGUGAGAUGAUUAAUUUAUUUGAAAUAAAUUAAUUGUUUAAUGACUUCCCACUUAUAUAUAUGUACUUAAUUAUACAUUAAUCAAUAUUUAAUUCUUUCUUUAUAAUCGAUGUUAAUAAGUUAUUGCUAAAAAAGAAAUGAAAAAACUAACAAUAGUUAUUCAACAAUAUUUUCUUAAUAAUGGGAGUAAACUAAUGAAUUAAAUUAAUUUUAAAUGUUAUUUAUAUUUUAAUUAUUGUAAUUAAAUAAAGUAUACGAUUUUCAAUCAUCUCUAGAACUGAUAACUAGGGAAAAAUUUAAAUAAUAAUUAUAUAUUCAUACAAACGUAUAGACAUGUGUGAGUAGAUAAAAUAAUUUAUGCAUUUUUAGUUAGUCUUAUUACUUAGAUAGUGUGUAAUUAAUUUAAAAUUUAUUAUUGUGGAAAUAGUUCAUUAAAACUAUUAAAUUAAACAAGUAAUUCAACACAUACAUACCAACAUACUUACAUCUACAAAUGUAUGUAUCUGUACACUACAAAUAUGUAAUCAAUUAUUACUUAAUAGUCAUAGACAUUACAUAGAAACAAAGAAAAUAUAAUUUAAUUUAAUUAAUAUCCCUUUAAUUCAUUAGAAUAUUUUAUUUUUCUCAUUUCAAUUUAAUUAAUUUUUAAAUUAUUUGGCAUUUUGUCAUGGCAAAUUAUAGAAUGCAAUAUCAAAGACUUUAUUUAUACAAUAAAUAAAAUGUUUUGUAAUAUUCACAAAAGAA